AUGUGCUUGGAUGUAAAAGCCAUUCGCUGCGGUUCUGUUUCCGAUUCUGAGGGCUUCCAAAAUGUACUGGCAGAAAUUUUGCAGAAUCAACUGGGCUCGUCUCGGGGCAGAUCGCGUUCCGCAUCUUGUGGCCUCGCAAAAUGUUUUCCAGCUGGUUGCCCUUCUUCGGGUUCUAGAGACCGUAGUUCGAGGCAACAAUUAGUCUCCAGCUUCGCAGAAUAUAAGCUCUACGCGCAGGAUGGCUUUUUUUCCCACGAUCUGGCCAUUGUGAUCAAGCCGCACGGAAAGCAGCAGGAUAAUAACUUAUGAAACUCCUCCGAAAUACUGAUCUUUUUAGAAAGUCCUAGGUUCAUCUUAUUAUGAAACUGUGCUAGAAACUACAUCUACAAGAAGGUGAAGGAAGGUGAGAGCUCCUAAUAUCUACCUUGCCCUGCGUUCGCGACGAUUUCGCAGGGACGAUCCAAAAAGGAAAGAAUAGAAAUAGAAGUACAUCAUGUUCCUUAGCAGACCCUUUAACCUUAUAAUUCUCCUACGCGGCAUCCCCACCCCAUCUUUCUCUUCAUCCCCAUUGCUGGAUUUGUACUACCGACCGACGGUCGACGAAGAAAAGGGCAUCCUGGAGCCGGCAUCGAAUUGGGCUCGCCGUGCGUCCUUGAUGGUGAGUGCUCGCAGUGUAUCGUCUCACCAACCAGACGGCUCAUGGGAACUCCGCUAUCCGCGCCAAAGAAUCUUUGUGUGUUGCGCCGAAACCCCCAACUUGAUGAACAAGUGGGUCAGCAUGUUGAGCAUGUAACGUUCGUUUUCUGGUUUUUGGGACACGUGACAAAAUGGUUCAGACUGUUCAACAUGGUAUUCUUUGGCUGACGAGACUAAAUUUGUUGAUUUUGACAAUACAUGGAUUCUGAGAUAUUAAUAUUUUUCUGUGAUUGGCGGUAAAAGAAAAUUCAUGUAGAAUUCAUGCCCCGAUUCCCGACACGGAAAGUAAUCUUCUACAAAGAACCGCUCAUAAACUUUCAAUCGCGCGACUGAAUGCGGUGACGAGAGAAAGAGACCAAAAAUAUUGUUUGCUGCGAUUCUCCAUGUCGAUUCUCUUUGGAUUUUAUUUUUCACGCAAGCAGGUGACAAGACAAAUACUUUGUUCUGAUUGGGAGUACAAUGUAGUGUGCAGCACGACUUUUUCUGAU